AUGCCAGCCCACUGCAGUCCUGAUCCGACAUCUGAUUCUAAUCAUUCUCCCAUUCCUUCUCCAGACCUGGAGACCGGUCUGGGUUGGCCUCACACCCGAACAGAAAAGGAGCUGGGUAAACCAGGUUGCCCUUUACCGAAGAGGAGCUACUUUCAAUUCCCCAAAGUGUUCAAAGGCUUAAGAAACUGGUUAAAGUCAUAUGGCUAUCUGCUUCCCUAUGACUCACGGGCACCCGCGCUGCACUCAGGGAAGGUCUUACAGUCAGCAGUCUCCACUAUGCAGCAGUUUUAUGGGAUCCCAGUCACCGGUGUGUUGGAUCAGACAACAAUCGAGUGGAUGAAGAAACCCCGCUGUGGUGUCCCUGAUCACCCCCACUUAAGCCGUAGGCGGAGGAACAAGCGCUAUGCCCUGACUGGACAGAAGUGGAGACAAAAACACAUCACCUACAGCAUUCACAACUACACCCCAAAGGUGGGGGAGCUAGACACACGGAAAGCAAUUCGCCAGGCUUUUGAUGUGUGGCAGAAAGUGACCCCGCUGACCUUUGAAGAGGUGCCAUAUCAUGAGAUCAAAAGUGACCGGAAGGAGGCAGACAUCAUGAUCUUCUUUGCUUCUGGUUUCCAUGGCGACAGCUCCCCAUUUGAUGGAGAAGGGGGAUUCCUGGCCCAUGCCUACUUUCCUGGCCCAGGGAUUGGAGGAGACACUCACUUUGAUUCAGAUGAGCCGUGGACACUAGGAAAUGCCAACCAUGAUGGGAAUGACCUCUUCCUGGUGGCUGUGCACGAGCUGGGCCAUGCGCUAGGACUGGAGCACUCCAACGACCCCAGCGCCAUCAUGGCGCCCUUCUACCAGUACAUGGAGACACACAACUUCAAACUGCCUCAGGAUGAUCUCCAGGGCAUCCAGAAGAUCUACGGACCCCCAGCUGAGCCCCUGGAGCCCACCAGACCCCUCCCCACGCUCCCCGUCCGCAGGAUCCACUCACCAAGUGAGAGGAAACAUGAGCGCCAGCCCAGGCCACCUCGGCCGCCCCUCGGGGACCGGCCGUCCACACCGGGCGCCAAACCCAACAUCUGUGAUGGCAACUUCAACACAGUGGCACUCUUCCGAGGCGAGAUGUUUGUGUUUAAGGAUCGCUGGUUCUGGCGCCUGCGCAAUAACCGGGUACAAGAGGGCUACCCCAUGCAGAUUGAGCAGUUCUGGAAGGGCCUGCCUGCCCGCAUAGAUGCAGCCUAUGAAAGGGCUGAUGGAAGAUUUGUCUUCUUCAAAGGUGACAAGUACUGGGUAUUUAAGGAGGUGACGGUGGAGCCUGGGUACCCCCACAGCCUGGGGGAGCUGGGGAGCUGUCUGCCCCGAGAAGGCAUUGACACAGCUCUGCGCUGGGAACCUGUGGGCAAGACCUACUUUUUCAAAGGCGAACGGUACUGGCGCUACAGCGAGGAGCGGCGGGCCACGGACCCUGGCUACCCCAAGCCCAUCACUGUGUGGAAGGGCAUCCCACAGGCUCCCCAGGGGGCCUUCAUCAGCAAGGAAGGAUAUUACACCUACUUCUACAAGGGCCGGGACUACUGGAAGUUUGACAACCAGAAACUGAGUGUGGAGCCAGGUUAUCCACGCAACAUCCUACGUGACUGGAUGGGCUGCAACCAGAAGGAGGUGGAACGGCGGAAGGAGCGGCGGCUGCCCCAGGACGAUGUGGACAUCAUGGUGACCAUCAAUGACGUACCAGGCUCUGUGAAUGCCGUGGCUGUGGUCAUCCCCUGCAUCUUGUCCCUCUGCAUCCUGGUGCUGGUCUACACCAUCUUCCAGUUCAAGAACAAGGCAGGCCCUCAGCCUGUCACCUACUAUAAGCGGCCAGUCCAGGAGUGGGUGUGA